UUUUUUUUUUUUUUUUUUUUUUUUUAAAUUAGCCUCUUUUCUCGGAAACCGCACGAUAUAUUUAUUCGGCCUGUCGACGCUCGACGCAUUUUAGCACUCGCGCGCUCCCGCGAGAAGCCGAGGAGAGGUCUUGGUCGACUUUUCUUUUUUUUUUUUCGCGUCAAAAUUUUAGAGAAUUGCUCUGAUAUCUGUCGUGCCGAUCCCUUCGACUCCCUUGGUUCUUCCUCGUUCCGUAGCCGUACGAAAGUUGAGAGAACGGGGUGGGCAGACGGAGAAAGAGAGAGAGAGAGAGAGAGAGAGAGAGAGAAGAAGAAGGAAAGAAGGCUACUUUCGCUUACGUCGAAGUGUCACGAAGAUUGUUGUGUGUGUUACGGUUUUUGGACCAACGUGCGCGAUCUUUCAGUAGCCAAAAAGAGGUGAUCGCCGCGGGAACAAUAGACUUCGCUCCAGGAGAUUUCCGUCUAAAGAAGAUCUCAAGAUAGCUCUCUGGCAAAAUGUCGAUUAUAAUGCAGUACAUAGAUCGGUUCCACGAUAUGUUGGACAAACACGCAGAUACAAGGACGACUGAUUGGUUGCUGAUGAGUUCGCCCUUUCCCACGUUGUUCAUUUGCAUCGGUUAUGUCUACGUCGUCAAAGUAUUGGGUCCAAAGAUUAUGGAGAACCGAAAACCUUUCCAACUUAAGGAUACUCUGGUAGUCUACAACCUGUUUCAAGUGAUCUUCUCCGCGUGGCUGUUUUAUGAGUGUCUCAUGGGCGGAUGGUGGAACCAUUAUAGUUACCGCUGCCAGCCAGUGGACUACUCCAACAGCCCCACCGCGAUAAGGAUGGUCCACGCAAGCUGGUGGUAUUACUUCUCGAAAUUUACCGAAUUCAUGGACACGAUUUUCUUUGUGUUGAGAAAGAAGAACAAUCACGUGUCUACAUUACAUGUGAUUCAUCAUGGUUGUAUGCCCAUGUCGGUCUGGUUCGGUGUCAAGUUCACCCCUGGCGGCCACUCGACCUUCUUCGGUUUAUUAAACACCUUUGUUCACAUCGUGAUGUAUACGUAUUACCUUCUGGCGGCGAUGGGUCCAAAGGUACAACCCUACCUUUGGUGGAAGAAAUAUCUGACCGCAUUCCAGAUGCUACAGUUCAUCGCCAUCAUGGUCCAUGCCUUCCAGUUGCUCUUCAUCGAGUGCAACUAUCCAAAAGCGUUUGUCUGGUGGAUCGGUCUUCACGCCGUCAUGUUCCUCUUCCUGUUCAAGGAGUUCUAUCAGCAGAGUUACCAGGAGAAGAGGCCCAGGAAAUCGGGCGCCGUGAUGGCGAACGGCGUGAUCGCUAACGGCGAUCAAUCGAAGGGCAAACACGCGAACGGCAUCGCUAACGGCGUCACCAAUGGCAUCGUCAACGGCAGGGCGAACGGCGUUGCAAACCGCAUUGCGAACGGCAGUAUCGCUAACGGCGUCGCCAACGGUUUCUCACCCAGGAGAAGGGAUGCCGCCGAUUAUUACGUGAAUGGCGAAAGCUUAGCGACGGAGCUCAGCCUCCGAAAAUCGUUCGCGAAUGUCGAGUGACUUUCGAGCGAACGCUUAGCCUAGUCGAUCUUCUCUCUCGCCACGCGACGUCGUGUUUUCCUUUCCACGGAAAGGUCGAAGGAUCCAGCGGGCUUUCUUCUCUCUCUCCUUCUUUCUUUAUCCCUAAUCUGUCAAUAUCACGCGAAGGAUCAAAGGCUUCACCGAGAUCGACGCAUUUCCUUAUCAAAAGAAAAAGAAAAAAGUACAAAAUUGCGUCGCACGCUUUCGGCUCGGGGUAUACAAAUAUUGAUGUUUUACGGACACGCGUGGCAACUCUCUAGCUAGCUAGCUCUAGUUAAGAUCGCACGUAACCGUAAUCCGACUGACGGCAGAAGGACGCUCGGACAGAUCGUAUCUUGGUGCUCUUAUGAGCGUAAGAAACGAGCCGGUUUUUUUAACGUCGGUAUAGAUCGAAGGUUUGAGCAAGGCGAAUGAACAAGUCUGCGAUUUUUAGAAACUCUGACAAUAAUGUAUGUCCUCCUCGAAUAGUAAACGAUUUGGUAUUGACAAUCAGCUGACAAUUCGCGAGCAUUGAUUCUCCACGAUGAUUAUGGGAAAAAUAGAGUUAUUUAUUUCGGAAAUAAAUAUAAAUCGAAUUACACGAAAAAUCUUCGUAUAUAGACAUUUAUAGUCGCAUUCGGAACAAGUUAAGCGACUUUGAUAAAGUCAUUCAAAAAAGAAGUAGAGAAGAACCGGGAAAGAACGAUGAAUACAACACGAUAAAAAUUAUCUUUCUGAGAACCCCGGUAGUUACAUCGGCUAAUGAAUCAUCGCGUCGACAUUCCUUAUUCGCUUUCGCGAAUUGGAAAUAUAAUACUUGGAUGAUCGUCUUCGAUCCCUCUCUCUCGCGAUGUCGGGAAAUAUGUCCUUUCCACUUCGAUAAAAAUAAACUCUGCAUAUUUUAUGAUCGCUUGCUCGUGUGUACUCCUGGUAGAAAUUUGCGAUGUCCGUUCCGAGGAACGUAUCGGACAUGGCGCGAUCUUGACGUUAUGUAAAAGAAAAAAUUAAGUGAAUAACGGUAAAUUACAAUAGCUGCAUUUUGACGCGGUACUGUUAUAUAAUUAAAUGAGAGAUCUUUUCGUUUACAUUUCGGUCGCGAAUAGAAACGCACGGUUCGUCAAAAGAAUCUGGUGACCUUAACCGAGCCGGAUGAUGAGACGAACGGACUUUUAUGCGAGGUUUCACAAUUUCAUUAGCGCAGAAGGACCGCGGUAGAUCGGAGGAAUGCUCGUUGUGAUAAAAGUCACGGUCGUUGACAUCCGGUCAUAUUCGCAACUUUAAAGCGAUGUUAUGUGAAUUAUUGUCUCGUCAGAGUUUACUGAACCUUGCUCAUUCGUCUCUCUUUUUCUCUUUCGCUAUUAUGUAGAUUCUAAAAGUUUUAUUUAUUGUACAUUAGUAUCACACACUGGAUGGUUAUUUAUAAUCCAAAAUGUUAUUGAAUGAAAUUAAAAAUUGGAGUUUUAUGUAUUAUAUAAUAUUAUGAAUUUUUUUAUACAAUUAAAACGGUCCAUAAUGAAUCAGUCUAUGUUUACUUAAUCGAAUCGUAAAUCCUCAAGAGUACGGACGUUAGUGUUGAACGAACCGGAGUAAGAAGGAUACGAUCGCGUCAGCGUGUCUUAAGAAGAUAGACGUGCCUUUGCUCAAUACUUAAAGCUCAAAGACAUCGGUUAGAAAUAUCAGUAACCGAUUUCUGUGAUUGUCGACUCGCGAGAGGGACUCCGAUCCUCUACUUUUCCUCCUUCUUCUUUCUUCGUGCCCCCAAUAGUCGACGUCCGGUCCUGGCAUCACGACGCCCUCAUCGCGGAUCAUUUCGUCGUUUUGGUUGUCACUAUUUAACGCGUGUGAAUAUGCGAAGCGAGUGCGUUAAGUUUUUCUGCUAUGAUUGUUAGUUCUUUGACUUGUAUUGAGAAUCUCUUCAGGAUGCGCAACAAUUGAACCACGUCCUCGAAGGAAUUUGGACUAUCGAUUUAGGUAGGAUGAUGAUGUUAUUUAAAAUAAGACAAUAAUCGACAAAUCGUUAAAUUAUAAAAAAAUGAAUAUAAGUUAAAAAAGACUGAUAAGUAUUUUCUUUGCAAUGUUGAAUUUGUAUAUCAAAGAUUGAGUAUGAAGAUUGGAAAUAUUUGUUUUAUCGGUUCUUUUAAGCUCUCUUCAGCCGAAAUCAAAGGAUUAAAACAACGAAAGGCCUGUCUCGCUCGCUUCGCGCAUUUAUAUAUAAUACAUAGCGUCUUGUACAUAUAGGUAAGUUAGUUUUAUAUUACGUUAAAAGAAGAGAGAAUUCGAGGUGCGAUGGUCGCUAAGCCACACUUCGUGCUAUCGAAAUAAUAAAAAAAAAAAA